UUAUUUUUUCUGGGUUUAUAACAGAACAUAGAUUCGUCUCAUUGGAUCAUUUGACGUGUUUGAGGAUUUUUUGAGACCAAAAUUGGGUCUUGAACAUAGACCAAGUUUUAUUUUUUUUUUAUUAUUAUUUUUUUUUAAAAAAAAAAUGUUCUCUUUAACCUUAUGGAUUUUACCGUCUAUUUGAUGUCUUUGAGACUCAUCUGAUGAAUGCUCAUCUCUUUAUUUUCUUCGAAAGAUUCAUUUUUUUUUUUUUAAGUAUCAUCGGGUACCCUUUUGCUGCAUUUAAAGGAUUUGAUCGAUCAAACAUGUAUUUCAGCUUGGAAUAGCUUCUUUUCCCCUUUAUAUUUCAUCUACUUUCUUUAUGUUAAAACCAGGUUCUGGGUUUAUCUGGAAGAAUCAAAUGGUCAUGUUUGUUUAGCAUUAUUCUACUUGGACAUUUUGGAAUUUUCCCUUAACAGCUUCCUUGUGUUUUAAACUUGGUUUUGCAUUGAUUGUGGCCUCAUCUGAAAAAAAAUUUAAUCUUGAUCAAUCUAUGCUAGUUCACUUAAGUUAACAGCUGAGUAUGUAGGUAGAUCUCCCAUUUGUGAUUAGUGCUCCUGAUUUCCGCUUCUGGUUGUUUGUGAUUCAUGCUUCUGAAAAAUAAUUUUGCCUGCUUGUCGUUAAUGUUUUCUUAAAAUUAUUUGGUACUGAAUUAUAACAGUUAGCUUUUUGUUGAUUAAGGUUCUGGGAAGAUUUUGUUCCUUAUGUUUCUUCGUCUGGUCUCCUGGAUUGCUUUCAAUUAUUAAUUAUUUUUCAGGCCACGGGGGAGCUGAUGAUUCUGAAUUUUUGUAGUUGUGCGGGAAAAUCUAAUUAAGGAGUUGAUGGUUUCUUUCUAAAGACACUGUUUUCAGAAAGUUUUGAGUAUUUGAAAAAAGGUCAGAUGGGGGAGGUUUACGCACAAUAGUCUAAUGGCUGAUUCUGCGUCUGAUUCUUAUUUCCAUCCUGAUACAUUGAGCCUGAGGCAAAUAAGCAGCUCGCUUCUCAGUAUUCAUGAUUUCUUAGUAGGUUUUGGUACUAAAGCAGGUUCAUCAGAUGGCUCAAUUAGGAGCCCUACAUCUCCUCUAGAUUUUGGAGUUUUUUCAAACUCUAGCAACUCAGUUGGUCUUAGAUGUGCUAGAUCGUUGUCUGUAAAGGGACAUCAAAAGAAGUGGCAUUGCAGUAAAGUAGGUCUUGGCAUUGUUAAUUCACUUGUUAAUGACACAACUAGUGGAGUUCUUGAUAUACCAACGAGGAAGAAUAUACUCUUUGGACUACAGGUUAAAGCUAAUGAUUCUAAUUCCUCAAACCAUUACAAUGAUUCACUUUAUUCUUCAUUGAAGUCCAAAUCUUUGCCUAUAAACUACAUGGUUUCAUUGCAUCCUCAAACUAAGAAUCCAAAUACCCAACUGGGUAGCAAAAAUAUUGAUGAUGGGGAUGAAGCAUCCCCUUUAGAGUCUGCAAUAUUUGAAGACAUGUCAUUGCAUUCCUUGGAUUCACCCAGGGCUACCCCACCAGUUAGCUUAACCCAAAGCAACUUGAGGUCAAAAAGUUUUUGCUCAGAAGGUCCAACUGUAAUAAGUUCAUCUUCUGUGAUUGUCACAGGUUCAGAAGUAGAAAAUUCUUUAGGUAUUAAACCAAGCUCACUUCCAAUACCUAUAGACUCUAGCCAGGGAUAUGUGGGCUCUCUCUCUGCGAGAGAGAUAGAACUUUCUGAGGAUUAUACCUGUAUAAUUUCUCAUGGUCCAAACCCUAAAACAACUCAUAUUUUUGGUGACUGCAUAUUGGAAUGUCACACAAAUGAGUUGAGCAAUUUUGGUAAGAAGGAAGAACCAGGGGUCAUAUCACCUCAAGUUGCUAAGGACCCAGAAGGAUUGACCCCUGAUUUGACUGAUGAAGCUUUGAGGUUCUGCUAUACCUGCAAGAAAAAAUUGGGAGAAGGGGAAGACAUGAACAUGAACAGAGACGAUAAAGCAUUUUGUAGUUUCGCUUGUCGUGCUGGGGACAUUUUUGCUGAAGGGGAAGCAGAAAGAACCGACAAAAAUUCUGCAGGCAGCGCACUGGAAUCAAGUGACCAUGAAGAUAUCUUCUUCUUGGGAGAGCCUAUAGGCUGAAAUUUUGCAGGCUCCCCUUUCUGUCAUCAACCGUUCAUAAAGCGCUGUCUAUGUGAUUCUCUUUGCAGCCAUGGAUGAUCAGAAAGGGUAUUAUGUAUUGUUUUGCUUGUUGUUGCAGUUUUCAUGGGAUUGUUGAGUCAUGGGUAUUGGCAGCAUAGAGUUUCUUUGUUAAAUGCUGGGACCUAAAAGUAGUGGUAGACUGUUGUUCUCUUAUCAAUUUGCUUGGAUGGUUUUCAAGAGGCUACAAGCCCUAGGCCAUCAGUUUUUCAAUUCUCUGUCCUGCCCUUUUUACUUUGGUUCAGAGUUUAUGUUUGGACAAUUUGAGGUCAUCCUUGGAUGGUCGAAUAUUCAAGUAACAAUUGACCUUCUAUUUCUUGUCA